AUGGGGUCCGUACAGGACGUCCAUCUUUCUCCCGGGCCAGAUGGGCAACACUCGAAGCAAGCCAAGGAUUCAGUUAUGGAACUGGAAACUGAGAAUGAGCCGAAGGGUUUCAGAUCAUUUAAGCUGGAUAAUCUUGCGGCAAAGGAGAAUCUAUCUCCAACGGGUAUGAGAGAUGGGCUUGUGUUGUUAUCCUGGUGCAUGGUACUUCUCCGGACUAGUGAAGACGGCCAGGUCUCGUUUGAAUGGGCAUAUAGGGGAAAAUCAAAGAAUUUGAAUGUCCAGUCAUUAAGCACUGCAGAGGUUAUUCCUACCCUAAAGUGUAGGCUUGAAAAAGCUGCCUCGGGGAUAGUGCGUGUUAUCAACAUAAAGUCAUGGGAUCAGAAUACCCUUGCUUCCGGUCCCGCAUCUCUGGUAUUAAGCACCAAUCUUUUAACUGAAACAAAUAGCGAAGUUGACUUUGAAAAGGAAACACUCCAUCUCGAACUCCACUUCAUCAAUGGCUCUCUCGAAAUAUCUCCCAUAUGGAGCACGGCAAAUGUAUCGCCAUUCACCGUUACACGAUACAUCAAUGCUUUGAUUGAUACAAUCAAAAUAUGCAUCUCUAAACCAAACAGCCCAAUUGAAGACUGUAUUGGUCCGACCGCACACGAUCUAGACGAGAUAUGGCGGUGGAACCAUCAGUUACCACCAUCGUACCAAUUUUGCAUGCAAGAUUUAAUUUCCAAACGAGCUCGAACAACUCCCGACAAAGUAGCAAUUGAUUCCUGGGACGGCAGCUUGACAUACGGCCAAAUUGACCGAUAUUCAUCAUUUCUGGCAAAGAUCCUGAAGGACAUGAGUGGCCAACUGCAUGAAUUCAUCCCUCUGUGCUUUGAAAAGUCAAGGUGGACAAUAGUUGCUGUUCUUGCAGUGAUGAAAGCUGGCAGAACAUUCGUGAUGAUGGACCCCACGAUUCCACUUGCUCGUCUUCGAAAUAUGAGGGAACAAGUAGGCGCGAAGACAAUGCUCUCAUCUCGCAAGCAGCAUCGCCUGUCAACUUCUAUCAUAUCAGAAGGAAAACCUCUUGUGGUAGAAGAAGACACAUUCGUCCAAGUCACAAAUCAGGAGGCAGUUCCAGAAUUGCCACCUGUAUCCUCCGACACCUUAAUGUAUAUUAUUUUCACAUCCGGAAGCACGGGAACUCCCAAAGGAGUCAAGAUAUCCCACGAAACCUAUACAAGUAGUGCUAUUCCCCGGGCCAAAGCAGUCGGGUACACGGAAGAUUCUAGGGUUCUUGACUUUGCAUCUUACGCAUUUGAUGUCAGUAUUGACAGCAUGCUGUUGACAUUAGCAAAUGGCGGCUGCCUUUGUAUUCCAUCCGAUGAAGACCGGAUGAAUGAUAUUAACGGAGUAAUACGCAAGAUGCGCGUGAACUACGCAGGUAUAACUCCAUCAGUUGCCCGGAUCCUAGAGUCAGAUGUCAUAGCAUCUCUCAGUGGUCUGGGACUUGGAGGAGAGGCAGCCUCAGCUAGAGACGUCAUGAUUUGGGGACAAGAAACCAGAAUCAUUAUCGGUUACGGUCCCUGCGAGUGUACGAUAGGAUGCACGGUGAACAGUAGUGCAGCUACCGGAAGAGAUUACAUCUCUAUUGGGACAGGCAAUGGAGCUGCGAUUUGGAUCGUCGACCCAAACAACCAUGAGAAGCUUAUGCCGGUAGGCGCAGUAGGCGAGUUGCUAAUUGAAGGACCAAUUGUAGGUCAAGGCUACCUGAACGACCCGGAAAAGACAGCAGCUGCUUUUAUUGAAGGUCCCAAAUGGCUUCUAGUAGGGCACGGCAAUUAUGCAGGUCGUCGAGGUCGUUUAUAUAAGACCGGAGAUCUUGGAAAAUAUGAUCCUGAUGGCUCCGGAGGUAUUGUAUUUGCUGGAAGGAAGGAUACUCAAGUCAAGCUACGUGGACAACGUGUCGAGCUGGGUGAAAUUGAAAGUCAGUUGAAAGCUAGGCUACCAUUGAACACGAAUGUAAUUGCAGAAGUGAUUGUGCCGCAGCGUCCUGGCAAUCAAGCUACCUUGGUUGCAUUCGUUUCUCAAUCGACAAAGGCGUCUGGCGCGGCCGCUGAUAUCAGCUCCGUGUCGCUUUCCAACGAAAUGCAAACUGCGCUCUCUCAAGCCAACACCGAGCUGACGAAAGUUCUGCCACGAUACAUGGUCCCAACUGCAUACAUACCAGUCAACUAUAUCCCAGUGUUGAUAUCCGGUAAGACAGAUCGGAGACGACUUCGCCAAUUUGGUGCCACCAUAGAAUUGCGAAACCUAGAUCAGAACAAGGAAGAUAAACCUGAGCGUGAGCUAAAUGACUUUGAGCAGCGCUUACGGCAGGCUUGGGGGCAGAUAUUGAAAGUCGAUGCCGAAACAAUAAGACUCGAAGAUAACUUCUUUGUCUUAGGUGGUGACUCUCUAGCGGCAAUGAGACUGGUGUCAGUCUGUCGUGAACAGGAACUUGAUCUUACAGUCGCCAACACUUUCGAUUAUCCGACACUCGCCGCAAUGACCAGCGUCAUCCGCGUCCACAAUUCACAGACUCGAGUGGAAGCGCAACCCUUCUCUAUGUUGUCUCAUGACGCUAAUAGUCUAUACCUCGAGGCAAAUGAACUUUACGGAUUCGACAGGGCUUCCAUCGAAGAUAUCUACCCAUGCACCCCUACCCAAGAGUCUUUGUUUACGUUCUCUCUAAAAUCCGUUGAGCCUUAUAUUGCUCAAAGAGUGGCGUGCAUCCCUCCUUCUAUCAGCUUAGAGUCCUGGAAGAAGGCGUGGGAAGCUGUCGUGGCAGCCAGCCCUAUCUUGCGCACCCGGUUAGCUCAGCUCCAAGAACGUGGCCUUCUGCAGCUUGUGUUGAAACAGGGGAUUUCUUGGAAUUAUUCAACUGAUCUUGAUCAAUACCUCAGCCAUGACAAAGAACAUAGAAUGGACCUCGGGCAGCCUCUAGCCCGGUACACCAUUAUUGAUGAUUCCAAGGAUGGGAAGAGAUAUAUGGUCUGGACGAUCCAUCACGUUCUCUAUGAUGGAUGGUCGGAACCGAUUGCACUCCAGAAAGUGAGCGAUGCGUUAAAAGGUCAAGACGUUAAAUUUCGGACACAAAUUAGAGAAUUCAUUAAGUAUGUGCGCGAUACGGAUGAAGUUGCAAUGCAGGAAUAUUGGCGAAGCGAGUUGAAAGACGCAGUCGGCCCUCAGUUCCCACAACUACCUUCAAGGGACUAUGUGCCAACUCCGGAUGCCAUGGUUGAGCAUUAUAUUCCAAUUGAUACAAGAAGCAAGGGCUCACAGUUUACUAUGGCCACGUUAAUUCGUGGUACAUGGGCGUUAGUGGCAUCACAAUACACGAGAAGUGAUGAUAUCGUGUUUGGUGAAACACUUACAGGUCGCGAUAUAGCACUUGCUGGAGUGGAAGAGAUCGUAGGACCAUUGAUCGCCACUGUACCGGUCCGAGUAUACGUUCACCGAGCCAGCUCUGUUGAAGUUUAUUUACAAACUAUACAGCAAAGCAUGAGGGGCCGUACAAGAUAUCAGCACAUGGGUAUGCAGAACAUCAGAAAGGUCAGCCGUGACGCUCAACAUGCAUGCGAGGCGAGUACAGGGUUGGUAAUUCAACCUGAACCUGAAUAUACCGGCGACGAGCUUGGAUUCGUCCAAGGGGAUGUUGUGCAUGAAGCGCUUCAUUUCAACCCUUACCCUCUCAUGAUUGCCUGUGGAAUACGGAAGGACGGUUUCCGAGUCUGCGCAAAUUUUGAUAGCAGCCUUAUCGACGUCAGUCAAAUGAAACGCAUACUCAAACAGUUUGAAGUUGCUUAUGCUCAGCUGGCCAUAAAUACAUCUCGAAAAUUGGGAGAUAUCUCUUGUCUUCCUGAGGCGGAAUUGGAUCAGAUUUGGCACUGGAAUCAAGUUCCACCAUGUUCCUUUGACAUCUCGGCAGGACAAUUGCGAGCAGGUGUGAGUAUAAGACAGGGCUCUGCAUAUCCGCCGCCUAUGGUGCCUUGGGUAUGCGAUCCGCGUAACCCAUCUCUUCUAUCACCAAUAGGCUGCAUGGGAGAGUUAUGGUUAGAAGGUGAUGUUCUCUCCGAAAACAUUAUUGAGUCACCCGCCUGGCUUAUUGCCGGAAGUUCUGGAAUCAAUGGCCGCAGUGGAAGAGUCCACCCUACAGGAGAUAUUGUCCAAUUACAAGAAGAUGGAAGCUUGAUCUAUGUUGGUCGAAAGGAGAACACUGUGGUGAGCCAAGGACAUGCCGUAAAUAUCAGUGAUCUUGAAGCUUAUCUUUCGAGAUAUCUUCCGUCAGAAAUUCGAGCUGCCGCUGUGACAUUCAUUCCCUCGAUGGAAUCCUCCUCACAACCAGUAGAACAGGAGCUAGUUGUGUUCAUAGAGCAGCAACCAAACUCCUGGGAAGAUAGUGUCGAACUUAUGUGGAUGCAACAUAGAGUGAAUUGCGAAGUCUCAGGCUCAGAUAUCUUCGAGGCGACAAUUUGUAACACGGUCACCAAUAGUCUAGCGGCUGCUUUGCAGAAAUUCAACAAAUUUGCUCAGGACUCUCUUUCUUCCUACAUGACACCGACUGCUUAUAUUAUUGUUGAGCAACUGCCGAGUACAAUGGGACGGAUUGAUCACGAAUUGCUCAGAAAAUUAGGAUCCAACAUUCCCAGCCAUGUAUUCACGCAAGUUAGAGAAGGUUUCACGAACGUGUGGGCAAAAAGUUUGUCUCAGACACAGCUCACUGCUUGUGAAGAAAUUCUACGAUCAUCUUGGGCCAAUAUACUGGGUACUCCCCCAGAGAAAAUUGAUGUUGACGACAAUUUCUUCCGCCUCGGUGGUGAUUCUGUCCUAGCAAUGAAGCUAGUAUCAAACAUUCGAGCACGAGGACACAGUUUGACUGUAGCCGAUAUUUUCCAGCACAUGCGUCUUGGUGAUGCGGCCAAGGUGUUGAAAGUCAACCACGACCUGAAGAGAGAGGAAACACAAGCCUACAAACCAUUCUCGACCUUAGUCAAUGUAGACACGGAGAAAUUUCUCUCUGAUAUUGUUCGACCAAAGUUGAAGAAUUCGCAGUGGUCUAUUCAAGACAUUACUCCUGUCACGGAUUCCCAAGCACUCGACAUCCGAGGAACUGUCCAAGCACCCCGAACAUCCGUACAAUACACUAUGUUGUACUUCAAAAACGACAUUGAUCUGGAGAGAUUGCUGGACGCUUGUAAUAACCUGGUCAAAACUCACGAUAUCCUGCGCACUGUCUUCGUUGAACACCACUGUAGCUAUUUUCAAGUCAUAUUGGAUAAUCUUACUACCACUAUAGAGACGUGCAAGACCGAUCUGGAACUUGAAAAACACAUUGCAAGCUUGUGCACUGAGGAUAUUGAGUCACAGUUUGAACUUGGAUGCCCUUUCUUCAAAUGGUUGCACGUCGAAGGCCCUGCUGGCCAGCAUUGCCUUGUUAUCCGUCUAUCCCAUGCACAAUAUGAUGGGAUAUCCCUGCCUAGAAUGUUUCGUGAUCUCGAAAAGCUCUACAUUGGAGACAAGAUUACUGGCUUCAAGCCCUUCCCUGCUUACGUGGCAUGUAUACUUGAUGGGAAUGCCCAAGACAAAGCCAUCGACUACUGGAAAAAUGUCCUAAAUGAAUCGUCGUUAUCUGUACUUCAAGGAAAGUCGCAGCUUCCUGUUACGAAGUCAAUUUUCCGCACCAAAAUUGUUGAAACCGUGUCUUUACCCUUAGAAGACAUUACGACGGCGAGUUUGCUCACUGCUGCAUGGGCGUUGGUGUUAGCUCGUCAUCUCAAAAUAACGGACAUUACAUUUGGGGGCGUCACUUCAGGACGCGUUAAUGAUCUCGAAAACGUGGAGAAUGUCGUCGGUCCCUGUUACCAAUUCACCCCAAUUCGUAUCCGAUUCGAGCGCCAGUGGACGGGAAUGGAUCUUCUGAAAUUCGUUCAGAAGCAGAACUCAGAGUCGGCUGCGCACGACUUCCUUGGGUUUGAGAAAAUAUCUAAGACGUGCACGCAGUGGGCAUCCGCAUCUCCAGAAAGAAGGCUGUUCUUCGACUCUGUGGUUCAUCACCAAGACUUUGAGGACUUUGAUACAAUGCCAUUUGCUGGCGGAAAUUGCAAAGUUGACAUACUUAGCCCUCAUGGAGAUUCUGCUGAUCCAUUGAAAGUCGUAUCAUUUGUCCAGGAAGGUAAGUUGCAUGUUGGGAUUGUUGGCAGUGAACAUGAUCUUGAGUUUGUGGAUACACUUCUGAAGGAAUUGGCGAAGGCUGCUGAAGAACUGGUGGUUCGUGGGUCUGCGCAUAUAUUCCUUGACUCUUCGUCUGCCUGCUGAUUUCGGUACAGAGAUCGGCUCCCGUCAUACAGAUGAUAGUCUACUUAUGUCUCUUUUUCCAAAUGUAAUUUCAGUUAACUUUUGGGCAUGGAAUACUCUCUGAAAGUCAUGAGUGAUUAAUUUAGACUAUUUUCUAACCUAUGUACAGUUUGAUCUUAUACAAACAGGGCUAUCACUAUAUCUAACUGCUAUUAACUCAAAUAACAAAAUAUCUGAUUAAUUUUAGUCUGUAGUCACAUCACUCUCCUACUGUCUGAUGCAUAACAUUCAACCUAUAACUCUCAGACCGCUGGAGUAAUUCAUCAUGCGAUCCGCGAUCAACACAUUUCCCUGCCUCAAUCAAGAAGAUGAUAUCAGCUUUCCGUAUAGUGUGUAAACGAUGCGCAAUCGCAAUGACAGUAAUCCCUCUUGCAGCCUUCUCCAGUCCGUCCUGAAGCAACUUCUCCGAUUCCGCGUCUAAUGCACUCGUGGACUCAUCUAGAAUCAAUAAUCUGGGUUUCCGGACUAGUGCUCGGGCAAUGGAUAAUCGUUGCUUUUGGCCUCCGGAGAAUUGACUUCCAUUCUGGCCGCAGAGAGUUUGGUAGCCAUUUGGUAAUGCUUCAAUGGUAUCGUGGAUAUUGGCAAGUUUACAUGCUUCUAUAAUUUCAUCUAGGGUCGCUUGAUGUCCUGGCUUAGCGCCCAGACCGAUGUUGAACUCGAUGCUCCCUUCGAAGAGUACGCUUUCUUGAGGUACCAAGGCUAUCGUAUCUCGGAAGGUAAAGUCUCGCGUUUUUGAUACGUCAACACCAUCGACGAUGAUCGACCCGGACUGAGGAGCAUAUAGUCGUUCAAUCAAGGAGAUGACGGUUGAUUUUCCGGCGCCACUUGGACCAACAAGUGCACAGAAUUUCCCAGGUUGUAUAUCAACGCUCAAACCGUUCAACACUUUGAUAUCUGGCCUUGCGGGAUAUGAAAAGUGAACGUCGCGAAGCUGCACACUUGCCGCCUCGCCUCCCGAUGGCGAUGAUAAUCUUGAUGCUGCGAUUGCUUCGAUAUCUUUCUCUGCUGGGGUUUCUGAAGAAGGCACGGUGAACGAAUAUUCAGGUAUGGGACCUUGCAUCUUGUCAGAUCCUAGCUCAAUGAGUCCUAGGAUCCUAGUCAUUGCCGCUCUGGCGUUAGACAGCUCUGGUGCGAGAGCAAACAUUUGACUCCAAAGAAGCGCGCUGACAAGAAGGGAGAAUACUACAAUCAAGAACUGGGUCUGAGUGUAGUUGCCUGCUAUGAUCUGUUUCGCACCCCACCAAUACGCAAGUGCAUUCACACAGUUACCGAGGAAAUAUGUCAUUGCUUGCCAAAGACUUGCUUGCAAGGUGACUGUGAGCGUCUCUUUGCGGGGUCCUUUCAGGGACUUUCGGUAUGUACUCAGCGUCUCUUCUUCCAGAGAAAGAGAAGCAAUGGUUUUAAUAGACGUAAUAGCCUCAACGCCUAUAUCGACCGAAGUUGUGUAGGCAUUUUCGUGCCGUUCCUCGAAUUUUCCAAGAACGCGAAGUUCCAUCAGCCCGGCUCCAAGUAGUAGUGGCACGAGAGACAGACAAACAAGGGCUAUUCUCCAAGCAAUGAUGUGAGUUAAGAUAAUCGCCGCAAUGAGGUUAAUUGUGAUUGAUAACAAUGUCCCGAUGACAGAGCCACUCAAACCAGCUAGCGCAUUACCGUCGCUAGUGAUAUAAGAGAGAAGUACAGCAGGUGUCCGUCCUUUUGACUGAUGCCAUUCAAGGUCUUGCUCAAAAAGUGAUCGGAACGACAACACGCGUACAGUGUACACCAUGUGUUCCGAGACCCAGCCGAACCCUGACCAACUAACCAAGUUUGCAAAGAACUCAAUAAUUGCAAGGACAAAAAACAUGAGACCAAAGAAGUUACCACGGGAGUCUAUGCUAUUGGGACUCUUGCAGGGAUUUAGACUUCCUACAGUAUUUCCGAAGAUCACAGCUUCGCCAGAGAACGCUCCACCGACAAUACUCGAGCCAACAAGGGCAAAGAGCACAAUAAGUAGGUGAGGUCUUCCAGCGGGUGCAUAUCCUCGAACAAGUGCCCACAAAGACUUGGAAGGGCUCUCUGGUUCUUCUUGUUCAUCUGCUAAUGAGCUGUCGGUAACUUGGC